UCGGGAGCCGGCGGCGGCGCUGCGGCCGCGAGGGAGGGCAGCGGGAGCAGUGGGGCUGGGCGAGGAUCCCCGGGCCAGCCCAGCGGGCUCUGCUGUGGCGACCUUCCGGCCGACACUUGGGACCCUGCGGGCGGCGUCGCAGGUUGAGGAAGUGAAGAGAAUAGGCAUAAAUGGUGGGAAAUUUCCAUCAACUUGGAAAACACAAUAGAAUAAAUAAUUCUUGGCCACGAGGUGAGAGCCCAGAGAGUCACAAGGUCAAAGGAUCCUGUCCCAUUUGUCUGUGGUGACAGCCCCCCUCCCCCCAAAAAGGAACGCCUCACCCUUGAACAAUGCAAGUGUCCCUGGGAAGCUGAAAAGGUACAUGCAAAUGAUGAAAUAAAUCACAUCAUUUCAGAAAUUUCUGCUUGGCAGAUUAGCCAGACAAGAAGGGCCAAUCUAUCUACGUUCUGAGUGCCGCUGUCUACAAGACCGUCAUAACAGAGCUGAGGCCCAAGUCCAGCGUGCCACCAUACCCCACCCCAGACAUUACUCUGGGGUCUGCCCGAAGCCAUCAGUGUGAAGAUGACCAGUGCCUUCCUAGCAUGACUUCCUUGGACCAUGUGAUUGCUACCCACCAGUCGGAGUGGGUCUCCUUCAAUGAGGAGCCACUCUUUCCUGUUCCUUCUGAGGGGGGCACUGAAGAGCACCUCCCAGGACUGUCUUCUUACUCAGACCGGUCUGAGAGCUCCUCCGGGGAGAACCAUGUGGCACAUGGAGGCUCUCAGGAACUUUCCCACUCAGAGCAGGAUGACUCCUCUGAAAAGUUGGGCCUCAUCUCUGAAGCGGCGUCCCCUCCUGGGAGCCCUGAGCAGCCCCCACCUGACCUGGCCUCGGCCUUCAGCAACUGGGUUCAGUUUGAAGAUGACACACCCUGGGCCAGCACGUCACCACCUCAUAAGGAAACAAGGGAGACAGCCAUACCAUUGACCAUGCCCUGCUGGACGUGCCCUUCCUUCGACUCCUUGAGGAGAUGCCCUGUGACCUCUGAGAGCAGCUGGACCACACAUUCUGAAGACACCAGUAGUCCUAGUUUUGAUCCCUCAUACACCGACCUGCAGCUUAUCAAUGCGGAGGAACAGAUGAGUAGCAGGGCUUCUCAGACUGACUCGACUGGUCCAGCCCAAGUGCCUACUCCUUUGGGAAGCCACCUUGGAUUCCUUGUCAUGCGCCCCAGAGAUGCACCAACACCCCAAGACGAGAGGACGGAGUGGCAGACAGGCAGGCAGACGGCGGUGAGUCCUGUUCAAGCAUGCACGGAGCAUACCUCUACCUGCACCCAAGUCCUGGACCCCUCACCACCCUUACCCCACCCCAGGAGGAGCCAGAGCCCCUGCGGGGGUCCGGAGGGGGCCUCUGCUCCCAAUGACAGUUCUUCCUCACUCCAGGAAGAUGAAGAGGUAGAGAUGGAGGCUGUCAGCUGGCCGGCCAGUAGUCCAGCCACGAAUGGACACCCUGCAACUCCAGUGACUUCUGCUCGUUUCCCCAGCUGGGUGACUUUUGAUGACAAUGAAGUCAGCUGCCCUUUGCCACCAGUCACCUCUCCCCUGAAGCCAAACCCACCACCUACUGCAUCUGUGAUCCCAGAUGUACCUUAUCACUCAGCUGGGUCAUUUAAGAAGAGGGAACGUCCCAAGAGCACAUUGAUGAACUUUUCCAAAGUUCAGAAGCUGGACAUUUCCUCCUUAAACCAUCCGCCUUCCAUAACCGAGGCUCCACCUUGGAGGGCAACCAAUCCUUUCCUGAAUGAGACUCUGCAGGAUGUACAGCCUUCCCCCAUCAACCCUUUCAUUGCUUUUUUUGAGGAGCAGGAGAGACGCUCCCAAAACAAUUCCAUUUCCAGUGCCACAGGCAAAAGCCAAAGAGAUUCUCUCAUUGUCAUCUACCAAGAUGCCAUCAGUUUUGAUGACUCAAGCAAAAACCAGUCACACUCUGAUGCCGUUGAAAAACUCAAACAACUCCAGAUUGAUGAUCCUGAUCACUUAAGCAGUACGACACUACCAGAUGAUGACCCGAAAGCCUGGAUUGAACUAGAUGACCACCCACCUGGUUCAGUGCUGUCCCAGCCCAGGGAUGGAUGGCCAAUGAUGCUAAGGAUCCCUGAGAAGAAAAACAUCAUGUCGUCUAGGCACUGGGGACCCAUCUACAUCAAACUGACAGACAGUGGUUACUUGCAGCUGUAUUAUGAGCAGGGCCUAGAAAAACCAUUCCGUGAGUUCAAGCUGGAGAUCUGCCAUGAAAUUUCAGAACCCCGGCUCCAAAACUAUGAUGAGAAUGGCAGGAUCCACAGCUUGCGAAUAGACCGUGUCACCUACAAGGAGAAGAAGAAAUACCAGCCCAAACCUGCUGUGGCCCACACAGCAGAGAGGGAACAAGUGAUCAAGCUGGGCACCACCAAUUACGAUGACUUCCUCAGUUUCAUCCGAGCCGUUCAGGACCGGCUCAUGAAUCUGCCAGUGUUGUCAAUGGACUUAAGCACAGUGGGCUUGAACUACCUUGAAGAGGAGAUUACUGUGGAUGUCAGGGAUGAGUUCUCUGGCAUUGUGAGCAAGGGAGACAACCAGAUUCUCCAGCACCAUGUCCUGACACGGAUCCACAUUCUGAGUUUCCUCUCUGGGCUUGCAGAGUGCCGCUUGGGCCUCAACGAUGUCCUUGUCAAAGGGAACGAAAUCGUUUCCCGGCAGGACAUCAUGCCGACCACCACCACAAAGUGGAUCAAGCUCCAUCAGUGCCAUUUUCAUGGGUGCGUGGAUGAGGAUGUAUUCAACAACUCACGGGUCAUUCUGUUCAACCCUUUGGACGCCUGCCGGUUUGAGCUAAUGCGGUUCAGGACAAUAUUUGCAGAAAAGACCUUGCCUUUCACACUCAGGACAGCAGCAAGCAUCAAUGGGGCAGAGGUGGAGGUGCAGAGCUGGCUGAGGAUGUCAACCGGCUUCUCCUCUAACCGAGACCCUCUCACCCAGGUUCCCUGUGAGAAUGUGAUGGUUCAUUACCCCGUGCCCAGUGAGUGGGUGAAAAACUUCCGCAGGGAAAGUGUCCUGGGGGAAAAGUCUCUAAAAGCUAAAGUGAACCGGGGGGCAAGUUUUGGUUCAACUAGUGUAUCUGGCUCUGAGCCUGUCAUGAGAGUAACUCUGGGAACUGCCAAGUACGAGCAUGCCUUCAACUCCAUUGUGUGGAGGAUAAACCGACUGCCUGACAAAAACUCGGCUUCUGGUCACCCACACUGUUUCUUCUGCCACCUUGAACUUGGCUCUGACCGGGAAGUGCCUUCCAGAUUUGCCAGUCACGUGAAUGUUGAGUUCAGCAUGCCCACAACUUCUGCCUCUAAAGCUGCCGUAAGAUCCAUCUCUGUGGAAGACAAGACUGAUGUCAGGAAGUGGGUCAAUUAUUCUGCACACUACAGCUACAAGGUGGAAAUUGAGCAAAAAAAGAGUUUGAAGCCAGACUUUGAAGGAGAUGAAAUGGAAAAUCCCAAGGAGUGUGGGGUCCAGUGACAAAGCCCUACUGCAGGGGGCAUGACCCAAGUUCUCAUGAAUAGCUGAAGUUCAAGUCAGUACCUACCAUGACUACUCCAUGUUGGGAACAGUAUUUUGGACCUUCCUGUAGUUACCUGUAUUUUAACAGGGAACCUUGAGGUGGUUGCUUUGGAGAGACCCUGAUAUGCCUGAUGAUGCACCUAGUUCACCUGACUUUUGGGGCUUAUUGUCUAAUUAAGCCUCCUUUUCUUCACUCUGCUUAUCUCACAGCUGUUGGGUGUGGUUUGUUGUCACUGUUGGAGUCAGGAAGAGAACCUUCCACAUGAGUGUUGGCCCCAUUUCCUUCUGAUGUUCAUCUGUCACUUACAUGAUUUUCUAGAAAACACAGUCUUGAGAAAGUUCAUUCAGAAUCCACCUCUAUCACUCCCUCUAGAAAAAGGUUCAGAAGAGGUGAAGUACAAAACAAAUUUCCUCUUUGGGUCUACUAGGCUCUUUGUACAUGUCUCCAUUCUUUAAAUGUUAACACUAUGCAACAGAAGUUUUCAAGACGUUUCCCUCCCAGUUCUGGAUGGUUUUGAUUAAAACACUUUUUCCAUCUCUCUGUUCCCAGGGUUCACCACCCUGAGUCACAAUAAACAAUGGAAAAAAGGCACAAUAGGAUACUUUUUUAUUCUGUGAUUAUCCCCACAUUCUGCAAAGGGUGGCUAUUGAAGGGAAAGCAAAACUGAGCUGAUUUUUCUUCAUUCUGGGGAAAAGGGCCAUUAAUUGUAACAUAAUAUUCAAUUCAGGAGACAACUUCAAUCUCAGAGAAUUCCCAAAUUCACACUGAAAAAUACAGGCCAUUUCUGUUUCUGAAACAAAUGGAUGGAGAUAUAUAUAUAUAUACACACACAUAUAUAUACACACACCUAUAUAUAUAUACAUAUAUAUGUGUGUAUAUGUAUGUAUGUAUGUAUACCUCAGGCAUAUGUCAGGGCAUUUGGGAGCUCUUUUUAUACCUCAAGCCUAUAGACAGUUGCAUGUCUCUUUAAUUCAGACUUUACAGGAAAUAUAAGUGGAAAAGAUAAUUUUAAAAGCUGUUUUAAAGCUAAGCUUUUAGUUUUAAAAAUUUAAAAGCUGUUUUAAACCAAGCUUUUCGUAUAUGAGCUCUCCCCCCAAAUUCAGAGUUUGAUAAUUACAAUUUUGUAACAGAUCUAAAAAGCGGAAGACUCUAGGGUAGAAAUGGAGGAAAGGCCUAUUUUUCUAAUGUUGGGAGCAUUAAAUCUGAUUCCAAGAGUCUGGGACACUCGAUCUUCUUUCCCUUCAUAUGUUCCUGCUUAUAUUCUGUACUUCUACUUCUUAUUUCUAUCUUGGUGUCUCCUUACCAUACAAGGAACUAUAUUGGCCAUCCCGAAGGGAAUACCUGCUCAGCAGCUUAAAGGCCGGUUCUAUCUGCCUUCUUCUCCUGUGAAGAAUAAAGUAAGGGGACAGAAAGCAUACCUGUAAGAUUUGUCAGAUGACACAGAGAAAUAAAUGAUAUAUCCAGUCUCAACUGGCAGAUUUGGGGUUAAUUUAUCCAGUGAAUUUUCACUGAAUUGUAACUACGUACUGACACUAGAACAUAGACAUCAUUACCAUUUUUUUUGAAAUACCUGAACAUAAGACUGAAACUAAAAGGAUAAAAUUCAGUAGGCAUUAACGAGACACUAUAUUCUGAGUUGCUUAAACACUAUAUUCUGAGUUGCUUAAAUACAACCUUCUAAAUACAGAGUGGUGUUACCUACGUGUGUGUUGACAGGAAGGUUGUUGAAAAAUCAUGGUUUCACAAUGGUUCCUGUAGAAAUGUUUUCUUAGGGAAACAGGACUUCAGUUUUGAAUUAGGAGUGUAUGGUGACUAUCACAAAGUUAAUGCAUUCAACCUGUGGUAACAGAAGCCCAGGGAGCCCUGCAUGCUGCACUGGUCAGUCCACAUUUGGAUGGAGGGUUGGAUUCAAUUGUGGAUGCUAUGUUUUGAGAGAGACAUUAAUCAGUUGUGUCCAGAGGCAGGUGACCAGGGUUGUGAAGGGUCUAAUUAUAUAAGGGACAGGGGAAUAGAAUAGGAGAGAAUAAAAUAAUAUAGCUGCCCUGAAAUUUCCGUUGAGUUUUAAAAAGGGAGAAGAAUAAGACUUACCUGUGUAACUUCAAAGGGCAAAAAUAGGAACAAAGAGGAACUUUAUAGAUAACAGAUGUUUGCUUCAACAUAAGAAAGAAUUUUCUAAUAAGAGGUUCUAAAUGUGGUGGUUCUAAAGGGGAAAAGACUUGUGUAGUAAUAUUUCCUAUUGCUGCAAAUGCCCAAACAAAGGUUAAAAUAACCAUCCAUCCCAGAUGCUGUGAAAGGGGCACUGGAUUUGGGCUAGAUGGCUCCCAAGAUCCCUUUUGCAUAUAGGCUAAUCUCAGUAGUAACUCUCUAACUCUAGUUGUUUUCUCCUUGAUAAGUGGUUUUGUAAACUUUGUGAAAUACAUUGGGAUUUCCUGAAGUUCUCUGUCAAGUGAGGCAGAGCCCUUCCCCUGUUGUACGAAAGGCACAUGAGAUUCCUCACAGAAACAUCAAGAUGCGCUAAAGAACUGGCAAGGUGAAGGUCAUUCUGACACCUUCCUUACCAAACGCUAGCACCUGCGCACCCUGUCAAGAUCUCUGCCUCACCUGCCAGCAUCACAUGUGUGCUGCCUGUUGGACGAUUUCUCCCCAUCUUAGUUAAUUCUCAUUGCCUUUGUGCUUUUACGUGGAUUUUUUUUUUCUUUCAACCAAGGGUUAGGAAAAUCCUUUCCAUGCUAUCUGCAUUCAGCAAGCAAAUUAUUAUUAAUAAUAAUUUUUUU